CCAGUUUGUCUCAGUACUAGGUACCAUGCAGAUCCAAGCAGAAGGCUAGAAACAUCCUGGACCAGGCAGGUCAUCCCCAUUCMUAACUAACUCCUGAAGAUUCAACUAAAGAGUUGAGAACGCUUUUUCCUGUGCAACAAAACAAUAGGCAAGGAAAACCGUAUCAGGAAAUCACAAUGUUAUCACAUUCUGCCAUGGUCAAAGAGAAGAAACAACAAGCCUCAGCCAUUAUGGAAGAAAUACACAGAAAUGUCUCACCCAAUUUAGACCUUGGAAGAAAAGUCAGCACUCCCAGAGAUAUCAUGGUAGAGGAACUAUCAACCCUCAGCAACAGAGGCGCAAGACUCUUUAAGAGACGUCAGAGGAGAUCUGACAAAUACACCUAUGAAAACUACCACUAUGUAGCAAACAAGCCAAGAAAUCGUGGCGAGCCCAUACCAAGUGUUCAUAUGGACGGCCUCAGUGUUGAUGGAAUUGCCCAGCAUGCCCCAAUGACACCGCCUAACACACCCGAUCCGCGGAGCCCACCGCAUCCUGAAAACAUUGCCCCAGGAUAUUCUGGACCACUGAAAGAAAUUCCUCCCGAAAAGUUCAACACUACUUCUGUGCCAAAGUACUAUCAGUCUCCUUGGAUAGAGGCCAUUCGAGAUGAUCCAGAGCUCCUGGAGGCUUUAUAUCCUAAACUCUUUAAACCUGAAGCAAAGCCAGAGCUGCCUGACUACAGGAGCUUUAACAGAGUUGCUACUCCCUUUGGUGGUUUUGAGAGAGCAUCAAAGCUGGUUAAAUUCAAGGUACCAGAUUUUAAUCUACUGAUGCUAAACGAUCCCAGAUUCAUGCUCCUCGCAAACCCUCUUGCUGCCAGGAGAUCCUUCAAUAGGACUCCUAAAGGAUGGACAUCCGAGAAUAUUCCUGUAGUGUUCAUUCAGCCUUCGGAUUCCAACACUGUUCCAGAAACAGAGGACCUGUGACAGGAGCUGCCCUCAGUAUCCUACGAAUCGCUGAGAGCUGAACCACCAUGUACCACUGUUCCAAAUMUCGCUAGAGGCUACUGACAACAUCUUUCCUUGGUAGUUCAAGUGUAAGUAAUAACAUCUGAUACAGUAUCUCUUUUCUGGCAUCUAAUUUCAUUCGUUGACAUAAUAUAAAUAAAGUAAUUUGGC